AUUCCGUACGAUAACUUGCUUCCCUUCACACGACAUCGAGGAAACGCGAUUGUCAACAAACAGCUGAUUUUCUAUCUGAUCUCGUGACGUAAAAUUAUAUAGGUGUUUUUGGCGUCUGACUCUUCAAGAUGUCGGGAAGAGUGCGCACUAGAGUGGAUCGUGGGACUGGGGAGAUCGUAGCAUAUAGUGAUGCUGCUGUCCGUAAUAAUUUGGCUGUGAUUGAGUACUGUAGAACAUCAAUGGCUGCGUUGUCUGGAGCUACAGCAGGUAUGCUGGGCUUGACUGGCUUGUACGGCUUCCUGUUUUUCUUCCUGGCCGGCCUCAUACUGUGGCUAAUGCUGCUCUUGAAAGCAGGGUCAAAAUGGCAACAGUAUUUCGUCAGUCGACAGUCUCUUCUCACCAGUGGCCUUUUCUCUGGCUUGUUCACAUACAUUCUGUGUUGGACCUUUUUAUAUGGAAUGGUACAUGUAUAUUGAUUACUUUUCCAUUAUUUUGUUUUAAGUGGACUGAAAGUUGUCAAUGGAUGAAUGUGAACAAAUGACCAAUUUGGAAAACUGAUACUGCUAAGAAUAAAGAUAUAAAUAAUAGGAAUGAAA